GAGUCUGUCUGUUGGACUAAGGGUUGCUGAGGAGCUGCUCUGAAUGCAGCAAUGCUGUCCUUCUGGAGCAGGGAUAACACAAAGUUCUAUGCCCAGCAACGCAGCUCCAUGGGACAUCCUUCUUGCUAUCUUUGGUGGUAUGAUCUGCAAAAUGAGCUCUUGGCCUCUGGCACCAGUCAGAAACCAGAUGAGAGGAAAUACCACGAAGAUGAGGAAGGCCCUGGGAGGGUUGAAGGGGAAAUCCUGUUUUGGUGCUGCACUGGCAUUUUGAUUAUCUGCCUUCUCUGCUAUGCUUACACUCGAAUCUUCUGGAAAGCUCAAGAUAAAAGGUUAUGUUCUGACAAAAGGGAGAACACUUCCAAAGUUCCCAGUAGCCCUAUCAGCGCAUUUUACAGCACUUUCAAUGCCCGGCUCUUCCUUAGUAAUAUUUAUAAUGGGAUUAAAGAAAAGUGCAUCCAACAGCCCUACAUCUCUACCUGUCACUCUGAGACAACCACUGCGAUGUGUUCCGGUGAUCAAAGGCAAGAGAAGCAGUUCUCAAAGCUCAGCCAGGAGAGAACCUCCAAUGUUGACAAUGGCAACUCAUAUAGCUGGGCACCAGUGUGGAAGGCCAACGAGAUGCAGUCCAUCCUCCAUGAAGUGAGCCAUAAACAGCGUCCAGCACAAAAACAAAGGGAGAUAGAGAACUUUUGGAUCAGGGAGCAGCCCUGUGGGCAUUGUAAGGCUGAGAGGCUCCAGCAAUGGCUGCACCAGCACUUUAUUAAGCCUUCUGAGAAUUCUUCAUUAGAUAAGGACAUCUGGCAAGGUUGUCCAAGGAGGAGAGUAGCUGCAGAGCUGAGUUCCUGAGUUCCUGUUCACCCGUGGCUUGGUUUCUGCUCCUAUUGUGCGUUGCCUUCAAGUGAAACUUGCUGCAUCUUUAAUUUUCUUGAAGCACUGAAUCCAUAUGAAACCACCACAUCUGAAGAUUGGAGAUGCUAGUUUCAAUAAAGAAUAUACAGAAUAGAAUAUGUAACGUGUG